AUGGUGAUAAAUAGAGAUGCAAGACAGGCAACGGAGGUAGUCGUAGGUGGGACACCAAUAGCAAGAGUCUCAAAGUUUAGAUAUUUGGGCAGUUGGAUUAGUGAAGACCUAAACCCAGACAUUGAGAUCAGAGCUCGAAUUGAGAUGGCUAGAUCAAACUUCCUAAAACUGCAGAACCUACUGUGCGAUAAACUACCUCCAUCUGGCGUUCAAAUUACUGAUAGCCUGGGUCCAGUGAAGAAAGACAUCACAGAAGCCUAUGCAGAAGGAGCUAGUCUUACCCUCAAUUGUAUAGCAUCCGGAGGAAAGCCACUAGCUAAGGUUACUUGGUGGAGAAAUCACACUUUAGUGAGCGAAGAAACUCAGUAUUUCCCUGAACGUGCCAAAUCACAUGGAGUACUAAAAUUAGAUAAAUUAACUAGGUCUCAUCUGAUGGCUGUAUACAGUUGCGAGGCCAACAACAGCAAACGCCAGCCCCCUCUGGUGGUGAGGGUGAAAAUCGACAUGUACCUGAGGCCUCUAGAGGUCGAUCUUAUUGGCAACAACCCCCAAUUCAGCGCCGGACAGAAGUACAACAUAACCUGCAAAUCCAGAGGGUCCAGACCGCCGGCCAUUAUCACAUGGUGGAAGGAUGGCAGAAGAGUCGAAGGGGGUGAUUUAACUGUAAGCAAAGAUGGCAAUACCACAACCAGUAUAUUGCAUUUCAUUCCUGAUGCCAGCGAUCACGGGUUGACGAUGUCCUGCAAGGCUUCCAAUCAACGCAUACCCUUUAGCGAAAUACAACGAACCUGGAUGCUGAAAGUGCUCUAUCCGCCCAAAGUCAAUAUGACUCUGGGCCACAGUCUCGACGCGGGCAACAUCAACGAAGGCGCUGACGUCUAUUUCGAAUGCCAUCUGGUGGCCAAUCCUUGGGUGCAUAGAGUAUGGUGGCUCAGAGAUAAUGAACGACUACUCAGCAACAGCACAGCAGGUGUUAUAGUCAGCAAUCAAACCCUAGUACUCCAGGGUGUUAGCAGAGCGAGUUCCGGUAGGUACGCCUGCGAAGCCACUAACAAAGAAGGCACUUCAGUCAGUCCAGCCUUCCAUCUGAGGGUCAAGUUUGAACCAGUUUGCAAGGAUGGACUUGCCAGAAAAAUUAUUGGAGCUGCCAAAGAUGAACCUAUAGAUGUUGAAUGCAAGGUCGACGCCGAACCACAAGCAUCAGACUUCCAAUGGAGCUUCAACAGUACCCCCGGCAUCUCCAAGGACUUGACCAAACACUCCCAAAAAGAAGGUGGUACAAGUGUCCUAACCUACAUCCCACACGAAGCAGCCGAUUACGGUACUAUCCAGUGCCGUGGCAAGAAUGAGAUUGGGGUCCAAAGGAUAGCGUGCACGUACCACAUAGUACCGGCUGGGAAACCUGAUCCGCCGCAGGGUUGUGGGCUUAUAAAUGUGACUCAUCAUUCUGUGAUGGUGGUGUGUCAAAAAGGAUUUGAUGGAGGUCUGAAGCAGAAAUUCGUAUUGAUACUGUACGCCGGGGACGCGGCCAUAGCCAAUAUGUCGUCGUCUGGCGUGCCCGAAUUCGCCAUCCAGAAUCUGGAAGCCGCCCAAGAGUACUAUGCAUCGAUCUACUCGUUCAACUCGAAAGGUGCUUCCAAAUUAGCACCACCUCUAACCAUAAGGACCCUACCAGCACCAGGAUUAAAGGAACUUCGCAGAUCUACUGAACCCAGUGAAAGUACCAAAUCUACCCUAAGCGGUCCUUGGCUGUACAUAUUGCUAGCAGCAGGUUCUACUUUGAUUGUGGCAGCGGCACUGGGUCUCAUCAUAUUUGUCGUCAAACGAUUUAAAGUUGAAACUCCUGUCAGAAACCACCCCCAAAUUCGCAGUCCCAAGCAGGAAGAAACUCCUUUAAAUCCCUUGGUUCAGCCCAUUAUGACAGACGCAUUGACAGAGGACGAUAACAAUCCAGAUUUAAUACCACCCACAUAUGGUUUCGGUGUUUCAGAGAGCCUGAUCGACUCCUCCUGCCUACCCCCCUACACGAUCACCGCGCGGCCGCACAGCAAGCGCAACAGCGCCACGCAGAUGCCGGUGAAGCCGUACCACGUGACGUGGGCGCCGAUGCUGCAGUCGCGCAACACCGCCACGCAGACGCCUCCCCACCACAAGGAGAGCUCUGUGUAGUGGUGGGGCGCCGCGCGUCACCGAGCGCCCGCGCCCCCCAUCUGUCAACUGAAACGUCAUCCAAGUCAACGUCACCGUGAACCCCAAUCAGAAGUAGUCUCGGCACCGGGACCAAUACCACCUGUGAUAUUUGUGAAUAUCUCUUAAUAUUUUUAAGCCAAGUCGUAAUAAAAAACUAAUAGAUGUACUUUACUUACAUUAAGUAUCUGAACAAAAAUGAAAAAAGAGUAUAGUAUAUAAGAGUCUAAACGAUGAAAAAUGUGAAAGAAA